ACCAACAAUACCUUCCUCACUCGACACGACCUCACUCAACAAUUACCUCAAGACAGUCUUACAACACUCGACACCAGCCCACACUCAACCAGCACAUCCGCCCAGCAUGUCUGGCUCAAACUACAACGCAAUGCCUUACCGCAACCCUUCGCGGCAGCAGUCUCGCCAGAUGUCGGUCGAUCCCCACAACGAGCUCAACGUCGAAAAGAACCACUACAUCGGCAUCGAUGUCGGCACUGGCAGCGCACGAGCAUGCAUCAUGAACGACAGAGGCGAUAUCGUCGGACUCGCGAGUGAAAACAUUGGCUUGUGGCAGCCCGAGACUGGGUAUUACGAGCAAUCUACGACGAACAUCUGGAAAUGCAUCUGCUCAUCCAUCCAGCGCGCCAUGUCCCAGCACAAUAUCGACCCGAACAGCAUACGCGGCAUUGGUUUCGAUGCCACUUGCUCGCUUGCCGUGUUCAACAGCGAGACCGACGAGCCCGUGUCCGUGACCGGCCCCAAAUUCAACAACGCAGAUGGCAACGACCGUAAUGUCAUCCUCUGGCUCGACCACCGACCUGUCGAGGAGACGAAAAAGAUCAACGCCACGGACCACAACCUUCUCCGAUACGUCGGUGGAAAGAUGAGCAUCGAGAUGGAGAUUCCAAAGGUCCUCUGGCUGAAGAACAACAUGCCAAAGGAGAUGUUCGACAAGUGCAAGUUUUACGACUUGGGCGAUGCUCUUACACACAUGGCGACUGGCAGCGAGACUCGAAGCUUCUGCAGUGUGGUCUGCAAGCAGGGCUACGUCCCAGUCGGCGUGGAUGGCUCUGUCAAGGGCUGGCAGGAGGACUUCCUCACAGAGAUCGGACUCGAGGAUCUCUGCGAGGACAACUUCAAGCGCAUGGGAGGCGUCGACAAAGUGAACGGUCGUUACCUCACCGCAGGCGAGCUGAUUGGCACACUCUCCGAGAAGGCAGCUUCCGACAUGGGCCUCCCAGCAGGCAUCGCCAUCGGUAGCGGUGUCAUCGACGCCUACGCUGGCUGGAUCGGUACCGUCGGAGCCAAGGUGAACCUGAAAGGCGACGCAAUCGGCGCAGACAAGCCCAAGAACGACGUUUCACAGGCCUUCACCCGCUUGGCAGCUGUAGCAGGAACCUCCACCUGCCAUCUCGCCAUGUCUGAGAAGCCGGUCUUCGUGGACGGGGUUUGGGGACCUUACCGCGACGUUCUCAUCCCGGACUACUGGCUCGCCGAGGGCGGCCAAUCCGCUACCGGUGAGCUCCUCAAGCAUGUCGUGGAGACCCACCCAGCCUUCCAAGAAGCCAUGUCUGUCGCCGAGUCGUUCAACGCCAACAUCUACGAUUACCUGAACGAGCACCUCGAAGAGAUGCGCGAGAAGAUCGGCGCACCAACCAUCUCCUACCUCGGACGCCAUUUCUUCUUCUAUGGCGAUCUCUUCGGCAACCGCUCCCCAGUCGCAAACCCAGACAUGAAGGGCUCCGUCAUUGGUCUGUCGAAUGACAAGUCCAUGGACGGCCUUGCUCUCUACUACUACGGCACCAUGGAGUUCAUCGCCCUUCAAACUCACCAGAUCAUCGAGCAGAUGAACAACGCAGGACACGUCAUCUCAUCCAUCUUCAUGUCCGGCUCUCAAUGCCAGAACCCAGUGCUCAUGUCGCUCAUGGCCACCGCUUGCGACAUGCCCGUCCUUAUCCCUCGAUACGUGCACGCCGCCGUCGUCCACGGCGCGGCGAUGUUGGGCGCGAAGGCCGCCAGCACGGAUAAAGAGGGCAACUCGGAGCCGCUGUGGGACAUCAUGGACCGCAUGUCCAAGCCGGGUAAGGCAGUGUACCCCAACAAGGAUGAGACUGAGAAGAAGUUGCUGCAGGCGAAGUACAAGGUGUUCUUGGAGCAGUGCCAGCAGCAGCAGGAGUACAGGAAGAACAUCGAUGAGGUGGUCAAGGGGUGGGACAAGUAG